CAAAUAUUCCCUGCACCCUUAGAUGGCCAAGGGCCACUGCAGCCCGAGGAAGCGAGGGCAACUUUAUGCGCGAAGGCAGGCCCCUGGCGACGCUGCCAAAUACCCAGAGGAACUGGCAAACCAGCUGACAUUGUUUACAGGUGGUUGAGGCGACUGUUUGUAUUCGAAAAGCCAACCAACUGUCAGGCGAGUUCGAAAAACCCCCUUUAGCUAGAAAGUGCAGGCGAAGCCCUGUUGAGUGUCGGGGCAAUGGAAGACCUUCCAGAGCCCCUGGUGGGGAAGCUGACGCACCGGCUGCAGGAGAUCCGCCACAGGGCUCUGCUGGCCGUCGCCAGCAAGCUGGAGUGUGGGCAGGCCUGCGGACUGGCGCGCMCCCGCCAGCUGCUGUUCAAUCUGUUCCGUUACUUCGAGCUGGACGAGGGUGGCUUGGAGCAGGAGGCGCUGAGUUUGAUCGGGCGGCUGUUGCAGUCGACUACCGGGCGCGAGCUGACCGCCCACAUCGGCAGGCCAGCCAUUCGGCAGCAGCUGGAGACCAUCCGCUCCUACAUCGACCCCCAGUUCCACCAGCAGCUCGAUGGCAUGUUGGCUGGUUUGGGGGCGCCUGAGCUGGCGGUGCCGCCGCUCUGUCCCGACGUGCCGCUGAGCUUCCGAAGCGAUGGGUGCGAGGCGCUGAGCACCGCCCCCACCAUCCAGGGGCUGGUGCAGCACAGCCCCUCGCUGCAGCUGGAGCAGGCGUGUGCUGUACCCAGCAGCAGCCCGGGCACGCCUAAGCAGCAGAGGUUUCCGUGGCAGGUGCUGAGUGAGAGCGACGAAAGCGCGCUGCGCGCCCUUGAGGGGGCGCUGCGGCGUCCCAAAAACGCCUGCCACCUGGCGCAAGCCUGCGAGUCUUUCAGCGACGAGCUGAUUCUGGAUUUGCCCCCCGAAGUUUUCCUGCAACGCCCCGGAAUUGUUUGCGUGCUUCUGGGCCUGCUGGGCAGUGAGGGCGUUGGUCCGCAGGCCGGCCUGGUGCUGCGCGCGCUCAGCAAGCUGAGCAGAGGCCUUCAAGCGCGCCUGAGUCAACUGAGCGACAUUUCCCUGCGGAGCUCCAAGGAUGAGCCCCCUGAGGCGGACUGUGUGGGGCAGUUGCCCGUUGAGCAGUUUUGCGCCCAAGGGGCGGCACUGGCGCUCACCUGCCUCAAGGAGGCGGCGCCAGCCCCCCGGGUGAGCCAGGCCUGCCUGCUGCUGGUCAACGAGCUGCUGCAGCUGCUGCAACUGGUCGGCCAGGAGCUUCCUGGCGACUGUUUGGUGAGGCUGGGAGAUGCGUUGGAGUACUUCCGGCUGCAGUCCGCCAGUCUGGAGCACGAGUCGCAUUGGCGCCGGAUUUACCUGCACCUGCUGUGCAUCAGCGCGCAGCGCCUGCCCGAGCAGGCGCUGCCCCGCAGCCUGCAACUGGCGCUCAGCAACAGCCUCUUAGAUGUGGGGCUGGCGCAGCUGUUCCCCGCUGUGCACCAGCAGCUGGUGCGGAUCGUGCAGCAGGCCAAGGGCGGCCUGCAGCGCUUUCACAACGUGGGGCUUCUCAAGGAGGCGCUCUCGGCCACCGUGCGGUUGCUGCGCCGCCCGCCCUCAGACGCCGCCCAGUGCUUGGUGCUGGCGCAGCUGGCGCUCCCCAGCGUGGCGCUGCAUCGGAGCCCCCAGUUUCUGCAGGCCUUUGUGGAUUUGUGCGCCCGGCAGUGCCUGAAGGGCGCCACCGGGGCCGUGCUGGCGCUCCUGGCCAACCGCUCGCUUGAAGUGCGCCAGCACAUGUACGCGCUCUGUCUGGAGAAGGGGGCGCGGGCGCCCCCCGUUCCUGCCCAUGUGGGGUUUCUGCUGGACGCCCAGGUUUUCGAGGAAAUUGCGCUGUUUGGCGCCGAGGUGGGGAGCCACGCCCAGGAAAUCCUGCUCUAUCUGCUCAAAGGCCCGGUGCUGGCGCAGCCGCAGGGCCUGCUAGCUCUGGUGCCCGCCCUCCCAGUGCUGCUCUGCCACGCGGGCAACGCCACGCCCCUCGGCCGCACCCUGAUGGAGCUGACCGAUCCGGACACGGCCCGCGUUCUGGGCGUGCCCGAUGACGCGCUGUGCCGCGCCAACAUUCUGCUGCUGUUCUCCAAAGAGGCGGGCGUGAGGGAGGAGGCGGCGUCGCGGCUCAGUUGGCUGCUGGCGCAGCAAGACGAUGCGCGUCUCUUGCUGCCCAAGUCGAGCAGCGCCCGCAAGGAGACGCUCAGUCGCGCCUGCAUGAUGCAGCCACUGGUGGACGUGAACAAGCUGCGCCACGCGCAGCACUUCUACCAGCCCAGCAGUCUGCAGCAGAUGGUCGAGGUGCUGCAGUCGGCGCAGACGGAGCCCGCCAUCCGGCGCUCCGCCCUCAGCCAGCUCAGCGUCAUGCUGGACGACCACUUGAUGCACGAGAUGUUCCUGAACGGGGGCGGCGUCGCCCUUCUCACCGGGCUGCUGCGCGCCGCCCUGACUGCGGCCGAUGCCACCUGCCCGGACUCGGCCAUCGCCAUCGUGGGCGCGCUGCGCUCGCUCGCCUUGUACCACUGCAGCGUGCGCGCCCACCUGGGCGCCGACCCCGAAGCCCUCGCCCUGCUGCUUAGAGGGCUGCUUGAGUGCGUGGGCGACGAGCGCAUGAGGCAGGAUGCGGCCAUUCUGCUGUUCCUGCUGGCCUUGGGCGGGUUUGUGACCGGGUCGCCUGCCCUGGGCGACCCACCGCCAACCCGCUGCUUGCGCUCGGCGACAGCCUGCUGGCGCAGCUGCGCGCCUCCUCCGUAGCCCGCCAGGUUGCCGUCCAGCUGCGCCAGUACAGCGCUGCUGCAGGCAGCGGGAGCAAGCGCGCCAGUCUGGAGCAGCUGAGCUGUUACUUGCAGCUGCACAUCGCGGCCGGCCGGCUGGGCGCAGUGGAGGGGCUGCAGGCGCAGCCCUGGCAGGAAGUGCUAGAGCCCGACUUGACGCCGCCCGCCCUUUACGGCACGGACCCGGAGCUGCUGCAGGCGCUGCUGCAGUUGCUGACCGCGCUGAUGGCGCUCUACAAGGGGGCGCCGCACUGCUGGGUCGGCCAGCUGCUGGCGCUGCACUGCCCGAUUUACUGGGCGCAGCUGGGCGGCGACUGUGCGCCCGCCAGGGCCACCCGCGAGCUGCUGCAGCUGGUUGCCGUCUGCGCGGCGGCUGACGCCGCGCCCCAAUGGAAUCCCGUGCUGGACCUGGUGGGCCAGCAGCUGAUACUAACGGAGCCCCUGCGCAGCGCUUUUCUCAACUCCCUGCUCGGGUGUCUCGCGCACUUGGCUGCGCGCCCCGGCUGCGACUGGGCGCAGCCCAUCUGGAAGGCGCUGCCCCAGUGUCUGUUCGAGCUAAUGCUGAUGGAGCCCCCGAUGGGGCUGCACGCCUCCCGUCACGCCCUCCUCGUCCUCAACCGAUUGGCCAGUGAGUUGCAGCUGGGGGGCAAAAAGGCGCGCUGGUUUUGGGAUCAGGGCGUCGUCAACGUGCGCCCCAUGGUGGACAGCGGGGACGUGCUGGUGCGGGCCGGGGCCCUGCAGCUGUUCGCCAGUCUCCCCUUCGGGGCGGAGCGGCUCUGCGAGGCGCAGCUGCCCCCUUUGGCCCUGCAACUGUUGGCUGAUCACCGGGAGGCGAGUUUAGUGCGCCAAAACGCCGCCCUGCUGUUGGCAAACUUGACUAGCGAUAAAUUGGCCCUGCGGGGGCUCGGGUUGAGCGACCGGCUCAUUGGGGUGCUGCAGGCGCUGUUCGCGCCCGAUGGGUGCUGCGCCCCCGGGCUGGUGCGGGCCGUUUGCGUGCUGCUGCAGAAAGUGCUGGACGCGGACUUGAGCCGCCGGCUGCACCAGCUGGGGCUGAUCAACCCGAUGGUUCGGCGGCUGGCAGGGGACGGGGAGCAUAUGCAGGAAAUGGGGUCGGCCGUGUGCGGGCUGCUGCGCAAGCUGGUGCGACUGCUGGACGAACCCACCCUCACCAAGGACUCGCUUUUGGUGCUGCUGGCGCUGUUCGACCCCCGGAAGAUCGCCGCCCCCCAGAGGAACCAGCUCUGGAGGAGCGCGCUUCAACUGCUGGCGGCUUUGCGCAAUGAGCAGGCGCUGGUGCUGCAGGCGCUGCAGGAGGCGGGGCCGGAACAGUUCCUGGACGCCAUGUGUGGGGUCCUGAGCAGCGCGGGCGUCGGGGAAGGGCUGCAGGAGGCCGCCCUUUUGGCGCUGGCGCCGCUGCUGCCCGCGCUGGCCGAGCAGCUGGACGGGGUGCGGGCGACCAUCGCCUCCUUGGGCGCCCCUUGCGGUGUCCUGGAGCAGGGCUACCACGGCGACGAGGCGCUGAUGAUGGGCGGAGCGCUGUGCCAGGUGCUGCUCAAUUUGUACGAGUUGGGGAGGGGCCACCUGGUGGUGGCCGCCUUGACCGGGCUGCUGGGCGGCUCCCAGACCGCCAAGCGCUGCGCCCUCAGCCAUGGGCUGGUGGAGGGCGCAGUCAAGUCGCUGCGCGACUUGGACAUUUCCUUCAGCCUCGCGGGGCGCGCCGAGUCACGCGUUGACUGCCUGGUCGACGUGCUCGGCCUCCUCACCAACCUUCUGGGGCGGUGCCCCCCGGCCAAGGGUCGGGCUGCCGCCCUGGGGCUUGCCGACGUCGCCUGCAAGUUGCUGAAGAACGGGGACCCCGGCCUGCUGAUUACUGGGCUGGGCCUGCUGGCCGUCUUCACGCAGGACUGUCCCGAAGCCGGCCGCUCCAUCGUGCGGACCGCCCAGGCGCCAGCGCUCAGCUUCGUGGUGGACGCGGUCGUCACCGAGCUGAACCAUAGCAGCCAGCGUUGCUCGCCCGUGGCCCUGCAGCUGGGCUUCGACGUGCUGCGCCACUGCUGCAUCGACUCGAGCUGCCGCAAAAUUCUGUCCAAGCGAAAGCUGCUGGACCGCAUCUAUGCGGCCAUCACGGGGCGCGCGCCCUUCAAGCCGCCGGAGCCGAUGUGGGUGGAGUUCCUGGAGGCGGUCACCCGCUUCCCUGAAGGGCAGGAGAGCGUGGGGCGGGACGCGCAGCUAUUGGCGCUGGUUGUGGAGCGGGCGGCCAACCGCAAGGCCCCGAAUGGCGUCCUGCCCGCCCUGCGGCUGCUGCGCAACGUGGCCUUUUACCCGCCCAACCGCCCCCGGCUGCUCGGCUCAGAGGCCUUCCUCGCGCUGCUCGGUUGCCAGCUAACGCGCGGCGACGCGCCGGAGAAGCGCCUGGUGCUGCUGAUGGUGUGGGCGCUGGCCGCCAACCACCAUCGCGCCAAGGUGGCCUUCAAGCUCUGCAGGCUGGACGCCUGCCUGGAGGGCGCCCUCAAGUCGGCGCAGCUGCUGCAGCAGGGCGACCCCGAGGACCUGCAGCUGAUGGAGACCGUCCUGGCCAUGCUCAGGGGGCCCUAGUGGUGUCCCACACAACUUGUUGGCGCUGAAGUGAAGUGAAGUCACGUUUUUGGGCGCUGCGCCACUGUUGGAA